AUGAAUUUUACUUUUAAAAUUGACGAGAAUGAUUCAGCGGGUGACUGGCUGCAAGGACCUCAUGUAUAUGCUCUUUACGAAUCCUAUGGCAUGUCGAAACACCAGAUUGAAGUGCUGUUCAUCGCUGGCUUUGGCUCUAGUCUAUUAUUUGGGACCGUUAUAGGAUCGUUUGCAGACAAAUUGUGUGUGUUUAAGUUUGUUCAGCUUUCCUCGGCCGCAAUUUUUGGAAUUGGUCGACGUAAUAACUGCCUAAUAUACGGGAUCCUAUAUGGUCUGGCAUGUGUCACAAAACAUUUUGGAAUUAUGGAAGUGCUCAUGAUAGGACGAUUCCUCGGUGGUAUCUCAACCAGCAUUCUAUUUUCCGCUUUCGAGAGUUGGCUGGUCUAUGAGCACAACAAACGAGGUUUCUCGGAAAGUGCUCUUGCCACAGUGUUCUCUCAUGCAGCCCUCGAUGUGAACGUGCUUUGCUUGGGAUUGGUUCAGUCGCUCUUUGAAGGUUCCAUGUACACUUUUGCUUACAGUGAGACCAUUCCCCAUGGCUAUAUUUUUGCUUCAUUUAUGGUAGCUGCUAUGAUGGGUUCGUCUCUCUUCAAACUGCUGUCUAAGACGGGUCAUCCAGAGAAUUUUAUGCGGUUCGUGCUUUUAUUAUCAGCUGCCUGUCUUGCAGUUCCCGUCAUUGCUCCAACAAGCGCAGUACUAGUAUUUAUUGCUUUUCUAGUGUUUGAGGUAAGAUUUAAAAGAUAUUAGCA